UUCGGAGCCCGGGCGUUGGCGCCUGCGGCCCUUCGGGAUACUGCUGUUCUCCAAGAGAAGCCAGGAAGGAAAGGUGGAAAUGACUGUUGAACUAGUGAAAGCCAUAUCCCAGGACUUGGUGACAUUCAAGGAUGUGGCAAUAGACUUUUCCCAGGAGGAAUGGGAAUGGCUGAACCCUGCUCAGAGGAAUUUGUACAAGAAUAUGAUGUUGGAGAACUAUCAGAACCUGGUAUCACUGGGUCUUUGCAUCUCUAAGCCAUAUAUGAUCUCCUUAUUGGAGCAAGGGAAAGAGCCUUGGGAGAUGAAGACAGAGAUGACAAGAAGCCCAUUCCCAGAUUUGGGAUCUAUAUAUGAGACAGAAGAAUUAUCUCUGAAGCACUUCAUGUAUGAUGAUGUGUUAAUGGAGAGAAUUGCAGGCUAUGGACUUGAGUUUUCCACUUACAGAGAAAAUUGGAAAUGUGAAGAUCUUUUUGAGAGGGAGUUGGUAAGUCAAGAGGCAUUUAUCAGGCAGGAAGUAACCACUCAUAAGAAAACCCUUACUAAGGAAAUAGAUCACAACUAUAACAAAUCUGGGAAAUUUGUCCAUCUAGACAAUAUAGAAGAAAAUGUUUAUAAUCACAAGUCAGGUAAAAAAAGCUUUUCCCAAAAUUCCACGGCAGUAAAACACAAAGUCUAUGCAGGAAAGAAACUUUUUAAAUGUCAUGAAUGUGAGAAAAUGUUUACCCAGAGCUCCUCCCUUACUGUUCAUCAGAGAAUUCAUACUGGUGAAAAACCCUACAAAUGUAAAGAAUGUGGGAAGGCCUUUAACCAGAGUCAGCACCUUGUUCAACAUCACAGAAUACAUACUGGAGAGAAGCUCUUUGAAUGUAAAGAAUGUAGGAAAGCCUUCAGCCAAAAUGUGCACCUUAUUCAACACCAAAGAAUUCAUACUGGAGAAAAACCGUAUAAGUGUAUGGAAUGUAGAAAAGCCUUCAGCCAACCUGCCCACCUUGCUCAGCACCAGAGAAUUCAUACUGGGGAGAAGCCCUAUGAAUGUAAGGAAUGUGGGAAAGCCUUCAGUGACGGCUCAUCCUUUGCCCGACAUCAGAGAUGUCACACUGACAAAAGACCCUAUGAAUGUAUCGAAUGUGAGAAAGCCUUCAGGCAGAACACAUCCCUUAUUCGUCACUGGAGAAUUCACACAGGAGAGAAACCUUAUGACUGUGUUGUCUGUGGGAAGGCCUUCAGCCAUCAUGCUUCACUCACACAACAUCAAAGAGUGCAUUCUGGAGAGAAACCUUAUGAAUGCAAGGAAUGUGGGAAAGCCUUUAGACAGAGUAUACACCUUGCCAUUCAUUUGAGAAUUCAUACUGGUGAAAAACCCUACAAAUGUAAAGAAUGUGGAAAAGCUUUUAGCAUAAGUUCACAGCUGGCUACUCAUCAGAGAAUUCAUACUGGAGAGAAACCUUAUGAAUGUAAGGAAUGUGGUAAAGCUUUCAACCAGAGGGCACACCUUGCCCAACAUCAUAAAAUUCAUACAGGAGAGAAACCUUAUGAGUGUAAUGAAUGUGGUAAAGCCUUCAGCCAGACUACCCGCCUUAUUCAACAUCAGAGAGUUCAUACUGGAGAGAAACCCUAUAAAUGUAGCGAAUGUGGAAAGGCUUUUAGCGAUAGCUCAUCCCGUUCUCAGCAUCGGAGACUCCAUACCGGCCAAAGGCCCUAUGAAUGUGUUGAAUGUGAGAAGGCAUUUAGAACAAAAUCAUCUCUUAUUUGUCAUCAAAGAUGUCAUACUGGGGAGAAACCUUAUGAAUGUAGUGUGUGUGGUAAAGCCUUUAGCCAUCGUCAAUCCCUUACAGUUCAUCAGAGAAUUCAUUCUGGAGAAAAGCCUUAUGAAUGUCAGGAAUGUGGGAAAACCUUUAGCCAGAUUGGACACCUUAAUCUACAUAGAAGAAUUCAUACUGGAGAGAGAUCUUAUGAAUGUAAAGAAUGUGGAAAAGUCUUCAGACAAAGUGCACACCUUACUCAUCAUCAGAAAGUUCAUGCUGCAGAGUCAUCUCAGCCCCGCCCCGCCAUGGAACCGCGCCUGCGCGAAUCCGAAUCCGGCGCCGACUCCCAGAAGUCUGCGGGGCGCUGUCCGUCGGGAGGCCUGUACUUCCGGUCAGGCUCGGGCCGGGUGUCGAUGGCCACCCGGAGGCCGAGGUCCCGAAGAGCUGGAAGCGGCCGACCGGGAAGGGAGACGGUGGACGCUGUGUAG